AUGGCUAAUGCUUCGGAUUCAGAAACAGAGGACAUUGUCAUCGAAUUUGAAGGCAAUUUCGAUCUCGAUAGCUUGGCCGACAAGCAACUCCAGCUUCUAGGAAUUGACACGGAUGAACCAGUGCUCAAGGUGGACUCUAAAUUUUACAAAAUCGAUGUCAAAGACUCUAUCGGUUCACGACUAUUGCUAGAACAAGAUUCAGACGAGAAACAGAAAUACUAUGGAAAAACAGACAAAGUGGUGACGGCGCGACGCGUCAUAGUCAAGCCGAAAUAA